AAGAAAAGAAAAAAAAUGAGGGCUUCGUUACUACUCCUGGGGGGCAUUAUCGUCGUUCUCUCGAUCGCGGUUGCGAGGGCACUAUCCUGUGUGUGUUCACCGCUCGAGUGUGACGUACUCACCGACGAGGAUUGCCCUGGAGGCCUCACCUGGGAUCCCUGCAGAUGUUGCAAAGUAUGCGCGCGCGUUGAAGGCGAACCAUGCGGGGGUCUUUUCGGCUUUUCCGGGAGCUGCGCGGUCGGACUGCAGUGUGUAAUCAAAAAUCUACUGCCUCACACGCGGGAAGUGGACGAGGGCGUCUGUGCGAAGAUACCAGGAAGAUGGCGAAGGCAUUGUCCAAACGGACCAGUAAUGUCCGGUCCUGGUUGUAACCUGGUCGGCGAUGGAACCUCGGACGAAAGCGGAAACGCGGUCGCGAGUGGGAAAUGCGUUUGCGGACCGUCCGUGCCUUGGUGUCCGGGCGAACCACGACCAUAUGUCUAUAUGACGCGGCACGAGUGCAAGCUCAAUUUGGCCGCGAAAAUUGCCUACGACGACCUCCUUGACUCCAAGGAUAGAGCGAACGUCGUGCCCGACGAGAGCAAGAACGCAACUGCAGCUCCUGACACACCUUCCAAUCGACUCCUGCAUGGCUCGCGAUGUCCCGAGGACAGCGUGGAAAAUGAAAACGGCGAGUGCAAAUGCUCUCCGACGUGUCCUUCACCACCGGUCUGUUCUGAACCUGAACAACUUUUACUAACAAGAAAUGCAAUUCCUGGGACACCCGGUAGAUGCUGCCCACGUUAUGAAUGUCUUCCCUCAGGACAUCAGCAAGAUGGACAUCAAGAAGGACAAGAUCAGCAGCAAAGUUCAGAAAACGGUUGUCCCAGGGAUAGUGUUCCAAGUGAAGAUGAGGUAUGCAAAUGCGUACCUACGUGUCCACCUGCAUCUUGUAAAGAAGGUGAACGUGCCGUUGAGGUCAGGCGAGCUGUACCUAAUACUCCUGGUUCCUGCUGUCCUCUUUACGAUUGUGUAGCUUCAGAAUCCGUAUACUGGGUUGAAACGGAAGAGGGUAGCAACACCGGGAAUUGUUUCUUCAAAGAUGGAAUUUUCCGACGAGUUGGUGAACACUGGAAAGAGGAACCUUGUGUUAAUUGCACUUGCCAAGAGAAUGGUCAAGUAUCCUGUCAAGCGAUCAUGUGCAAAUCUUGUGCAAAUGCAAUACCACCAGAUCCAGGCGAAUGUUGCUCUCACUGUCCACAACCAACGAGUUCGACGGAUGUCGAUGUCGAUAACAAAUCGAUUUGCAAAACUCCUUUGAUCGACUGUAACCUCAAUUGCGAUCGUUACUUAACCGACGAGGACGGCUGUCAAAUUUGCGAAUGUUACGAAUCAACAAAGAACGAAAUGGUCCACACAACAUUCGGAAAGGACAAACUCUGUCCAGAAUUAUCACGCUGUGAACUGGACUGUGAUCUCGUAAAAGAUGAGAGUGGAUGUUCGAUUUGUGACUGCCAAUCAACAUCAAAUUCAUCGUCACCAUCAUUGUCACCUCAACAACACCAACAAAAUUUGACUGUCUCAUCGUCGAAUCGAACAUUGAACCAUCCAAAUGUUGAAAGCUUCGAGAAUGACGACAAUAAGAAAAUCGUCUGUCCUGAAGUAAAGUGUGAUCUUCACUGUGAGCAUGGUCUCAUGAUGGACGAGAACGAUUGCACUUUAUGCGAGUGCAAACCGCUUCACGAGGACUGUCCUCUAUUCGUGGGAUGCAAGAAGAAAUGUAGAUUUGGUUACAGAACCAACAAACGCGGCUGUCCGAUAUGUCGCUGUCGUGCGAGUUGCAUCAACGACGAGAACGAACCAAUACAGGAAGGUGGAAACUGGCUACGAAACGCUUGCACGACUUGCACGUGCGAGGUAGGCGGAAGAGUAAAUUGCAAGGAGACCGUUUGUUCGGUGGCCUGUAGCGAUCCUUUACCCCCGGAACCGAACACAUGCUGCCCAGUUUGUCCGAUCAAGGAAAUUGAGAUGGGUCAUCAAAGUAGCAGAGGUUGGGGAGUUGUACCAAUUACGCUGAUCGUCGUCCUGGCAUUGCUCUGCCUUCUACUGAUUACCCACAUCGUUCGUAGCCGUUUCCGUGGUCGACUGUCUCCAUCAGAUGCAAGCUAUUCCUAUCCACCACAAUACUAUAAGUGCGUGCCUGCUUACGACACACCGAUGCAUCGAAACGAGAAGAUCGUGCCACUGUAAAAGACUGUUUUCGACGAUGCACAACAUUCCCGAUGUUCCUCGUUCUUAUUUCUUUUCACGUUUCUUAAAGAAAAAGAAAAAGAAAUUUCACGAGGAUCUUGGAUGUUGAUGCUCGUCGAGAGAUAAAAAAAAGAAAGAAAGAAAGAAAGAAAAAAGGAAAACGAAAGAAAAAAGAAGAAAAACUAAUCCGGUUCGAUUUACUUUUUUUUUCUAAGAAAUCGAUAUAACGGAGUUGAGAAAUAAAUAGGACCUUUGCGAGUAGAUUCAGUAUUAUUCUUAAGAGACGAGCGAGACGUGUUUUUGAGGGAGAUCAAAGGGAAGAAAAAAAAAACAAAAAGAGCGAUGUAUAAAAUGGGGUGAGGACAAAAAAGAAAAGAAAAAAAGAAAAAAGAAAAGAAAAAGAAACAAAUUAUUCGACGACACCCCUUGAAUUCACUACUUACGCGAUCCCCUCGAAACCUCGUUAAGAAAAAGGAAGAUGAAAAAGAAGAAGGACUAUUAAUAUACGGUAUCGUUUAAUCUGUAAAUUAUAAAAAAAAAAAAAAAGAAGAAAAGAAAAAACGACUUUAGCGUAAAACCGUCGUUGUAAGUGUGCUAACUAGCGUUAACCCUCCUAGCUCCUAACUUAUAUACAUAUACAUAUACAUACUAUAUAUAUAUAUAUAUAUAUAUAUAUAUAUAUGUGUAUAUAUAAUAUGUGUAUGUGUGGAAAGAGAGUACAGAAAAAUAGAGACGGGUCUCCAUCGUAGUAUUAGUUUCCUUGAUCUCUCUGGACCACAACGCGAUUAAUUGAUUAAUUAGUAUAAUUAAUAUUCGAAAAUCGAUUAUUGUAUGCAAGAUAAUUUUUUGUUCUUUUUCAUUUUUUUUUCCCUUUUCUAUUCGUUAAAAAUAAUGUGAUAAAAGAGUUUUAUAUCGUGUCUUAGUUUAUAUAACUCUUACAUUAAUUAAAUAAUUUAAUUUAAAAAUUUCUUACAAAAUUAUGACAAUUUUUCAUACUUUAUGCUCGAAUUUCAUUUUCAUUUUUUUUUUCUAUUCCCCUUCAAUGAUCUUCAAGAUCAUUCAUUAUUGCUUUGAACGUUACAUUGGCGAUCGUUUUCGUUUCUAUUAAUAAAAAAAAAAAGAAUAAAAAAGAAAGAUCGAAAUUCUCAUUUGAGAGAAAUAUCAGACAAAAUUCGAAGUGCGAAAUGAAAAAAGAUAUUAAUCCUAUCCGAGGUCCAAUGAAAGAACUAACGAGUCGCGUCAAUACAUAUAUAUGUAUAAUCAAGAUAAAUCUUAGGUUAAUCCGUUCGUAACUGUGUUAUUAGAUCGUUCCUAUAUAUAUAUAUGUAUAUAUAUGUAUAUAUAUAUAUAUAUAUAUGUAUAUGUAUAUGUAUAUGUAUAUAUAUAUAUAUAUAUAUAUAUAUGUAUAUAUAUAUAUAUAUUAUAUGUUUAUUGCUACCUUCACUCUCUUAGCCAACGAGAUACAUUUCAGUGUGUGAUUCUCCAAAAAAGGAAAAAAAUAAGGUAAAAGGAUAAGCAUGAAAUGUGACGAAAGUGUAUUGUAUAUAUAUGAUACCCUAAUUAAAAAAAAAAAAAAAACCAAGAGAAAGAAAAAAAAAUAAUGAGAGAAAAAUUUAGUAUAAAACGUUUUAAUCUGCCCUAAUUUGUUUCUUUUUGUUCGCAAAAUACAAUACUUAGCCCUUUAAUCGUCAUUUGUAAAACAAAAUAAAAGCUCGGUCUUUCGCAGUGCAUUGAAAUAAUAAAUUCGAAACUCGUCCAAACAAACCGACGAAUUUUCUAAAGACUGAGAGAAUACAACUUUUUGCUAUGUACAUACGUGCCGACGAAUCGUCUAAUAUUUUUUUGUUUAUAUUUUUUUUCAUAAUUAAUUAAUUAUUUCCUUGGCAGUUCAACGGUGAAAUUGGAUUGUUUGCCGCGAGUGCUCUCUCGAGUACUUUUAUACACGUAUAGAUAUAACUUUCAUAGAUUUUGUUCGAAAUUUGAUAAAAAAGAAAAGGUAAAAAAAAAAGAAAAAAAGAAAAACAUAAGCAAAAAGAAAAAUAUUAUUUCAACUUGAAAAAGAAAACGUAAUGUGAAUGAUACGGAAGUGUUGAUAGAUUGUAUAAAUGAACGAGAAAAAAAAAAGACAAAAAAUUCAUGAGUAUAAAAUCUCAGCGAAUCCGCAAAAGACUAAAGUUGAGUCGAACAAAAAAAAAAAA